GAAAGUGUGCAAGACAAAUUCAUCUGCGGUGUACUUUGGUUCCCUUGCAAUAGUAGAGACGAUAUAUCUUGUUCUACACUUCAUAAAAGAACUACAGUUUGCAUGGGGUGUGACAACCUUUAGCAUGAAAACAACAUGUGAACUAUUCAACUUCCUGCACAUCACCCCGCAGUAUCUGGUUCCAAUGUUGGUUCUUGGCUUCACAACAGAACGUUAUAUAGCUGUAUGUCACCCUUUUGUGAAAGAGAAAUACUGUACAGUAACUCGUGCUAAAAUUGUUAUCAUAUGUAUGUCAGCUCUUUCAAUAGCGAUUGGGCUUCUCCAGAUUUACGUUUGGGCUUGGGAUGAUGAAAUUGGAUGUGUGUUUAGGCGUGAUACUGAACAAUUUAACAAAAUUUGGACUUGGUUAACAGAAAUGUUAAUAUUUGGCUUUAUUCCGGUGUCUUGCCUCGUUAUCAAUAUUCUUGUCAUCAUGGAAAUUAGACGAUUGUCAGCUCAAAGUGCUGCGCAUGGGCAAGGCCCGACUUCCGGUAAUGCAGCUUCAACUACAACAUUACUGUGUGUUUCUUUCUAUUUUAUAUUCACAUUGUUGCCAGCUACAAUAGUGUAUGCCAUGCAGUCAUCCAUACCACAAGGUGAGCCCAGUUUGCCAAUCAACACGUGGUCUGAUGACCCCGUUUGGAGUGGAUAUUUCUCUUAUUUGACAAUAAGGUACAUUGUUGAAGAAAUUUGUUUGUCAAAUUACGCUACAUAUUUUAUCAUAUACUACGCUACCGGUGUGUAUUUCAGACGAGAAUUUAGAAAUCUGUUUGGAUUACAGAAAAAGAGAAAGGGUAAAGGUGUGAGCAGUCGAAGUAUGAUGUCAGAUUAUAGUAUAGUCCAUUCAAAUGGAAGAAACACAUCUUGCACGGAGACAAUGCUUGUCGACUCUCCCAGUGACACGUGAUCAUUGAAGAAAUUCAAAGAAACCCAAUCACAAAUCAAUUUAUGGAUACAUGUGGCAAGGUUGUAUAUUCUGUCGACAAGCGACAUCUGGUGUUUGUGAAAUGUAAUAUCUGCGCACCAUCUUUUACCUACGAUAAUGGAAGUGCAGAAUGAUAUUCACGUUCCCAGAGCGAGAAGUUAGGAGUAUAAAAACAGAUGAUAUUAGGAAAAUACUCAAAGUUUUUAAGUUGUAUGACUUUUAGUACAUUUCGGAUAUUUUAAGUUGUUUUUUUUUAAAGAAAAACUCAGUUAGUUAACUGUAGUGUACAGAGUGCCUCGCUAAAGUUAAUAGUAAGGUUUGCAUUAAGAAAUCACGGCUUUUUAAUAUACAAAUGUAUAUCUGUCGAAAGAAAAAAGUCAUCUCCAAAAAAAACAAAAAAAAACAAACAAACAAACAGAAAACUAAUCUAAAUUAGUGAGUGAUUUUCAAAAGGUCUGGACCCUGUUCGAAAGGUAGCUACCAAACAAGUAUUUUGAACUUGAGGAGAACUUGUAUAUAUUCAUAUAUUCAUGUAAAUUUUGUAUAUGUGGAUAUUUCUUCUGAUUUUUGAGGGUUUGAAUUAUAAAUCGAUCUAGAAUAUUCUAUAUUUUGAAUGCUUUGUAAUAUGUUUAUAUUAUAUUGUAACAGUAGAUCUAUAUUUGUAAUUAUUUUAUGUUAUGUGCAAUAAUAAGACAAAGAGUCAUGUAUUAAGAUGUUAUUAUAUGUUUACACGUUAAGCUUAUUAAGGACGAAAUAUUCUAAAUGUAUAUGGAUGACUUAACGUGUAGAAAUAUUUGUACAAAAUAAAAUAUAUGCUAGAAGUUUACAUAUUUAUAUAUAUAUAUAUAUAUUAGUUAUAUAUAUAUAUAUAUAUAUAUGAGUUACUAAAUGUUUCAGUAGAAACAAAUUUAUACACCCUAACCAUUUCCUCGGGCGUGAUUUUCUUUUCUUUUUUAAAUAAGAAUUUAAAUGAGCUCAACUGGUUUCAUCUUAUGAUGAUAUAAUACAUAUGGAUACUGCCAAAAUAAUUUUUAUUAUGUCGCCUUGAAAAAGUCGACAUAUAGGGGCUACUUUGUCCUGAGCAUAACUCAGUCACUAUAGGCCUGUUUGUUUGCAUGCUUCUUUCAAUGACUUGAAGAGCAGCGCACAUGAAUCAUUACCAUGCACUUCUUUUUUAGUUAUUUCCCAUUCUUACUUUUCAUACUUUAUUUUUGUCCGGGCCAAUUUCUCCUACACUUUAAACGCUAUUGGCUUGAAACUUCUUGGGAUAAUGGAUCUCAUUGACAAAAACUUGCACUCUGCACUUCAUGGGUUUUCAGUUAUUGUCUUUUUUUAAUUUCCAUAUACUUAAGCUUGUCCAGAGCAUAACUUGGUCACUAUAAGUUUGAUUGACUUCAAAUUUGGUAUGCAAGCUUUUUUCAUUGACCUGAAGUGCAGUGAUCAAGAAUCCAUCACAGAGUCCUCCAUUUGAUCUGUCAAAGAAAAACUUUUCCAUUGUAUUUUAAUUUUUGAUAAUAUAACAGUUUAAUUAAUCCUGUCGUAACAUUGUCACAGUUCAAAUGCCAGUAAAGUAAAGGUACAUGCACAUUACAAGAGCAGUACUUACAGGUAACCUAUAUUUUAAGAAGAAAUGUCUAACUUACAGCUAUACUGUUGACAAGGCGACACAUCGGACUCGCAGAGUUCUAGUUGAACAUACAAAUACUUUUAUACGACUACGGCGUAUUCUGCUAGAACAGGAUCUUUUGAGAUGAGGUGGCACCUAACGUGUCCUUUCUAGGAAAUUUCUUAGAGCAAAGUACACUCCAAGAUUCAAACUAUACUUGAAACUAGCAUAACGUUAUAUUAUGUUACAUAUGUACCAUUCAUUACACAUUAAACCACAAAAUCAUUGUAUAUAAAUAAUACUGAUAUUCUUUUAUAUGAUAAAUCCAGUGUAUUAAUUAAUAUAAUGUUUGGUAUUGAAUAAAGUCUAUUGACCUAUUUAAUAUGUGACGUAAAAUGGUAAGGGGUUAGGGUCAACAUAUCGCAUGUUAGAGUUGAUUAGACAUUUUUCUGAUUGCAUGGAAAAACCAAUUUUCCGUGUCUAAUAAUACAUAGAAUCUAGCCACUUUCAACUAAUUAAUCACAUGACGUCAGUUGUUUUCAAUGUAAUAAAAGUACAUUAAAGAA